AUGUUCAACACAAACAGCAGUGCAAUAACAGAAUUUAUUUUAGUUGGGCUCACAGGUCAUCCAGAACUCAAGCCUCUCUUCUUUGUGCUGUUUCUGGUUGUUUACCUUGUCACUCUCCCAGGCAACCCUGGCAUGAUAACCUUAAUCAGAUUGAAUGCUUGUCUUCACAUGCCCAUGUACUUCUUCCUCACUAACUUAGCCUUUGUGGAUGUGUACUAUACCUCGAAUGCAACCCCACAGAUGUUAGCUAAUUUUUUAUCAGAGAAAAAGACCUUUUCCUUUACUGGCUGUUUUACACAGUGUUAUAUUUUCAUCGCCCUUCUCCUCACUGAGUUUUACCUUCUGACUGCAAUGGCCUAUGACUGCUGCAUAGCCAUAUGUGACCCUCUGCACUAUAGUGUGAAAAUGUCCAGGCAAAUCUACAUCUGUUUGGCCACAUUUCGUUAUGUCUAUGGCUUCUCAGAUGGACUGCUCCAAGCCAUCUUGACCUUCCGCCUGACCUUCUGUAAGUCCAAUGUCAUCAACCACUUCUACUGUGCUGACCCACUGCUCAUUAAGCUUUCUUGCUCUGAUACUUAUAUCAAAGAACGUGCCAUGUUCAUAUCAACUGGUUUCAACCUCUCCAACUCCCUCACCAUUAUCCUGGUGUCCUAUACCUUCAUUAUUGCUGCUAUACUUCGGUUCAAAUCAGCGGAAGGAAGGCAUAAGGUAUUCUCCACCUGUGGUUCCCACAUGAUGGCAGUCAUCCUGUAUUAUGGGACACUCUUUUGCAUGUAUCUGAGGCCACCAUCAGAUAAGACUGUUGAGGAAUCCAAAAUCAUAGCUGUGUUCUACACAUUUGUAAGCUCAGUGCUUAAUCCAUUCAUCUACAGUCUGAGGAACAAAGAUGUAAAACAGGCCUUGAAAAAUGUCCUCAUGCAAAAUGUGGUCAUGACCAUGGCAAUGCCUCCACUUUCUAAAUAA